AUGUCGAAGUUUGAGGAUCCCAACAUUAUAUACAGACCUUCGAACAUGCAAAAUGAUAUUCGUCGGGAGUUUGGCAUAGAUAUAAAUUAUUAUAAGGCACGGAUGACUAGAGAAUAUGCUAUAGAGCUAUUAAGAGGUUCACCUGAUCUUAGUUAUGAUAGAUUGGCCAAGUAUUGCAAUAUUCUGAAGAAGAAUAAUUCCGGUACAGUGACGUUCUUUGAGGUUGAUAAUGAGAAUCGAUUCAAAUACUUUUUUAUGGCUUUAGGAUCAGGCAUACGUGGUUUUCACUCAUCAAUGAGACAUGUCAUUUCUAUGGACGGAACAUUUAUGAAAUCAAAAUUUCGAGGUACAUUACUUGUUGCCACAUGUCAAGAUGCAAAUCUUCAGAUAUAUCCUCUUGCAUUUGGCAUUGUUGAUUUUGAAAAUGAUACAUCAUGGACUUGGUUCUUCGAUAAGUUGUUUCAUGUAACGGGUAUGUUGGAAGGGCUUGUUUUCAUUUUUGAUCGCAAGGAGAGUAUUGGUAACGCUAUAAAGAUUGUUUAUCCUUAUGCACAUCAUGGAUGUUGCAUGUGGCAUCUACAACUAAACAUAAAGUCAAAUUAUCAUAAGGCCGAUAUUCUGCCAUUGUUUAUGGCAACUGCGAAGGAGUAUAGUUUGAUUAAUUUUGAAAAAUCAAUGGCAAAUCUAUAUCGUAAAAGUUUGGUAGUUGGACAAUACCUAGAAAAGAAAGGUGGGUAUGAAUUUUGGUCCCGAGCACAUUUCAAAGGAAUUCGUUACAAUAUUAUGACAACUAACAAUGCAGAAUCUUUGAACUCGUUAUUCAAGAAUGCUCGGGAGUUUCCAAUACUUGCUAUGGUUGAACAAAUAAGAAAAACUUUACAGAAAUGA